CAUUACAAUUUCUUCGCACGGUUAUCCUUUCCCACUUUUUCUGCCGGCCCCUUCACUUCCUCAGUCGAAGCUGACUUCCAUCUGCAGAUCUAUCCAUGGCUUCCUCAGGUGGUAGCCCCGCCCCUAGCCCUAGCUCCAAUCCCACUCCAACUCCCCCCUUCGACGUUCAGAAGCUCUUCAAACCUCUAACUCCCUCCUCUAACCCCAGCCCUAAUCCUGUCCCCAGGGGUGCAAGUCCCUUCCUCCCACCUCCCUCUUCUUACCCCGCUCCGCUAUUACCUUCUACAUCGCCAGCGGCGCCUCUCAGCGCCUUCUCCUACCCUCCGUCAACCCCGCCGUUCCAGCAUCGACCAUUUCUUCACUAUCCGCAGGCUCCGUCCCCUAUUCCUAUCCCCAACCCCAAUCCUAACCCUAACGCAGGCGCACGCCUAAUGGCACUUCUCGGCACGGCCCAACCUGCCAAUCUCGAGUCAGCCAUCUCGAUGCCAUCGCCAACGUCGCCUUCAGAGUUUUCAGCGGCGCCAGGUAACCCUCCGAUUCUCCAUCCGCCGCCUCCAGCUAUGCUGCAGCCGGAUCCGGCGAGACUUCCGAGCAGCAAAUUACCGCGGGGGCGGCGCCUGGCUGCCGGAGAUCGUGCCGUGUACGAUGUGGACUCAAGGUUGCCAGGGGAGUCUCAGCCUCCUCAGCUCGAGGUGACUCCUAUUACUAAGUAUAUAUCGGAUCCUGGCCUUGUUCUGGGGCGGCAGAUUGCGCUCAACCGGGUGUACAUUUGUUAUGGACUCAAGCUUGGAGCUAUUCGCGUGCUUAAUAUCAACACGGCACUUCGAUCCUUGCUUCGUGGGCAUACCCAGAAAGUUACUGACAUGGCUUUCUUUGCUGAAGAUGUACCAUUGUUGGCCAGUGCAAGUAUAGAUGGUAGAAUUUUUGUGUGGAAGAUUAAUGAGGAUUUUGAUGAUGAUAGUAAGCCUCAGAUAACAGGAAAAAUUGUUUUAGCUCUACAAAUUAUAGGUGCUGGAGAAGGAGAACCUUAUCAUCCACGGGUUUGCUGGCACCCUCAUAAACAAGAAGUCUUAGUUGUUGGAGUUGGGAACUAUCUGCUAAAAAUUGAUACAUUAAAGGUUGGGAGAAUUGGACAGUUUUCGGCAGAGGAACCUGUUAGAUGCCUUAUUGAUAAAUUAAUUGAUGGAGUGCAACAUAUUGGUAAACAUGAUGGAGAAAUUACAGAUAUUUCCAUGUCUCAGUGGAUGACAACUCGUUUGGCUUCAGCAUCGAAGGAUGGAAAGAUAAAAAUUUGGGAAGAUCGCAAGGUGAUGCCCAUUGCCACUCUAACUCCACAUGACAACCAUCCUGUUAGCUCAGUUGCCUUUAUGACAUCACCUGACCGUCCAGACCACAUAGUUCUUGUGACUGCGGGCCCGUUGAAUAGAGAACUCAAGAUAUGGGUCUCUGCUAGUGAAGAAGGUUGGCUUUUACCAAGUGAUUGUGAGUCAUGGAAAUGCAAUCAGACGUUAGACUUGAGAAGUUCCACCGAGCCCAGGCUUGAGGAGGCAUUUUUCAAUCAAUUUGUAGUGCUGUCUCGAGCAAGUUUUAUAUUACUGGCAAAUGCUAAGAAAAACGCCAUCUAUGCAUUACAUGUGGAUUAUGGUCCAAACCCAGCUUCAACACGUAUGGACUACAUAGCAGAUUUUACUGUUACAAUGCCGAUCUUGAGUUUUACAGGUACUAGUGACUAUAUUUCUGAUGCGGAACAGAUUGUUCAAGUUUAUUGUGUGCAGACACAGGCUAUUCAGCAGUAUGCAUUGGAUUUGUCUCAGUGUUUGCCUAUACCUGUUGAAAAUGAGGUGUCAGAGAAGCACGCCUCUACUGCUUUUGAUGGGCCCAUUUCAGAAGGAUUCUCUGUUCCACAUUCAUCUUUUGGAGCUACAACUUAUGAUGCAACGCCUGCAAAUUCCUCACCUGCACCUAUUCUUAUAAACCGUUCUGAAGAUAACAAACACCAGGCACUUUCAGGUACCUCAGAGGCUACUGUUGUUCACGAUCACGCUUCUUCAAAUGUGGAACCAGCCGUGUCUGCCCCUCAACUUUCAAGUGUUGAUAAAAGUACUGGAGAUGUUGCAUCUUCUUCCCCUUCUCUCCCAUUGAAUCUGGAUUUUUCCGAGAAACUUCGUGCUGUGCAAGGUGUCUCAAGCGCUGGUGAUCAGGAAAAUUUACUUAGCACUGGUAGUAUUGAUAGCCAAGGUCAUGAUUCUACAGUAGAGAGGACAUUGGAUGCUGUAGUAACAAAUGUUCCUGAUGUUCCUCUGGUAGCUGAAACCUCUGGUAAGGAAAAAAACAAGGCUAUAAUAGAUGCUAUUCCUAUGGUGCCAAAUCCCCAUGCAUUAUUUAAACCAGAUGGUAAAACAGCGCAUUUGGUAACUCCCUCUGAGAUAUUGUCAGGUGCCAUUCCUCCUGCUGAAAGCAGUUUUCCCAAUCAAGGGAUUAGAAGUGAGGAGUUAGAUGCUCAGAAGGUAAGUGAUAAAAAUGGUAUUGUCCAUGCAGAAGUUAAAGUUGUUGAUGACAGGGCUUUGAUCAAGCACGAUUAUUUGGAUUCUGAAAAAGAACCUCGAGAAGCCCUUGCAGAUCAGGGGAAAUUAGUUAAGCAUCCUUCUGCUGAACCAAUCAAUUUUGUUGAGAGAAAGGACUUUAAAACAGACGAACGUGAUGCAGAGGGAAUUCAUACCCUGGAUAAUACUGUUUCUGAAAAAUUAGAUACGCCUUCGGCUGCAGGCAAGGAAGUAGCUGAAGAAACCAUAAACAAAGAUCUUCCCUUUGAGGAUUCUUCCACCAUUGGUACAAACUCACAGCCAACUUCAGAUUUAAAAGCAAGCAGAUUUAAAGAAAAUCUCUUGCAAGCAUCAGCUACUUUAGCACCUGUAUCUAUCCCCUUUGCCUCAGAUUCUUUAGUUGAACAUGGUCCCUCCAUUGGCAAUCAUUCUACGGAUGUUUUAUCCCAACUUCGUCUCAUGCAGGAGCUGUUGAACCAGUUAGCUACAAACCAGAAGGAGAUAGAGAAGCAGAUGGCUGAGGUAAUUUGUGCUCCCGUAAUGAAGGAAGGGAGAAGGGUGGAAGCUGCUCUUGGUCGGAGCAUGGAGAAAUCUAUUAAAGCGAACAUGGAUUCUUUGUGGGCCCAUAUUCAAGAGGAGAAUGCCAAACAAGAAAAGACCGAAAGGGAGAACAUUCAGCAAUUAACUACCCUAAUUACCAACUGCAUUAAUAAGGAUAUACCUGCUGCAGUAGAGAGGACAAUUAAGAAGGAGAUAUCUGCAGUUGGUCAGGUUUUGGCUCGAGCAAUCACCCCUAGCAUUGAAAAAUGCAUUUCGUCAGCUAUAGGCGACUCUUUUCAGAGAGGGGUUACAGAUAAAAUAGUCAGCCAGCUUGAGAAAACUAUUGGUUCUAAGCUGGAAGCUUCAUUGGCCAGGCAAAUCCAGUUACAAUUUCAAACUUCUGGCAAACAGACUCUGCAGGAUACGCUCAAGUCUAACCUGGAAUCAUCAGUGGUUCCUGCAUUUGAGAAAUCUAGCAGAGCUCUGUUUGAGCAGAUAGAUGAAGCCUUCCAAAAAGGUUUAACUGAUCAUAAGGCCGCGGCUCAGCAGCAGUAUGAGUCCGCACAUACUCAACUUGCAAUAACUUUGAGGGAUUCAAUUAACUCUGCAUCAUCCAUCACCCAUAAUCUUGUCAGUGAGUUAGCUGAUGGCCAGCAAAAGCUCUUAGCCCUCUUUGCUGCAGGAAACACAAAAGCUAAUCCCAUUGCAAAGCAGCAGAGCAAUGGCCCAUUAGGCCAUCCUGAUAUGGCAUUGUCUGUCCAGCAGAUUGAGGCCCCCGUUGAUCCCACGAAGGAGCUUACAAGACUGAUAUCUGAACGCAAAUUUGAUGAAGCAUUUACAAUAGCUCUACAGAGAAGUGAUGUUUCUAUUGUGUCUUGGUUAUGCUCACAGGUAGAUCUGCAUGGGCUUUGUUCCAUGGCUCCACUCCCGCUCAGUCAAGGCGUCCUGCUCGCCCUUCUUCAGCAGCUCUCCUGUGACAUCGGCGCGGAAACUCAGCGUAAGAUCAGCUGGAUGACUGACGUCGCCGUCGCCAUCAACCCCACAGAUCCCAUGAUCACAUCCCAUGUUCGCCCCAUAUUCGAGCAAGUUUAUAACAGACUUAUACACCAGAGAACACUCCAGACAACCACAGUUGCUGAAGCUUCCAGCAUUCGGCUCAUCAUUCAUGUCAUAAAUUCUGUCUUAAUGACCUGUAAAUGAAUGUCUUAGGCUUGCCUUAGAAGGGUCAGAAGAGCGGCAUAUUUGAUGUAAAAUAGGCUGAAAGAAUGUGAACUUUAUGUUUCAUUAUUUUCUUUCCUUUUUGUUUUUUUAGGGUUCCCAUUGCAUAAUUUUAGACUCGUUUGCCUGAUUCCAGAGGAGUCCAUUUUCAUUGUAAUUCUCAUGAAGUUAUUGAGUUAUUAUGAAUUAUGUUAUAUUGCUUGUAUAGCAAAUUUUCGCAAGGGAUGAUUAUAUAUAUAUAUAAUAAAUGCUUUGUUUAUAUUUCA